UUGGCCGCUCCCGUUAUAUGAGGCGCGCUGAGGAGCUUAGCGCCCUUCAUACCUGGUGGGUCCUGGUUGCAAUCAGGACCCGCGGAUGAUGGCCGAUAUUAACCCUUUGGACGCCGCAAUGAAAGUUGAUCACGGCAUCUAAAACAAGCAAAAUGUUAUUCCAGAGUUCCCCAUGACCACCUCCUCAGGCAGAGAAUUCCACAGUCUCACUGCUCUUACAGUAAAGAACCCCCGUCUGUGCUGGUGCAGAAACCUUCUUUCCACUAGAUAGUAGAAAAAAAUGCAGAUCCUGAAGUUCUGUUGCUUCCAUACUUGAGGAAGAAUUUGCGGCUUACUGGUACGAAAUAUGGCUGCGGAGGUGGUGGCUGUGGUGCAUGCACAGUCAUGGUGUCAACCGUUCAUCCAGUGUCUAAGAGAAUCCUACACUACCCAGCUACUGCAUGCCUGCUUCCUAUUUGUUCCCUGUAUGGAAUGGCAGUCACCACAACAGAAGGAAUAGGAAAUUCAGCCACAAGGCUGCACCCAGUCCAGGAGAGAUUAGCUAAAGCUCAUGGUUCACAGUGUGGGUUCUGUAGUCCUGGAAUGGUGAUGUCCAUGUACUCGCUACUAAGAAAUAACCCAGAGCCCAACAUUCAAGAGAUUAUGGCCUACUUAUCUGGAAACCUCUGCAGAUGCACAGGUUACAGGCCCAUUUUGGAUGGUUUUAAAACAUUUGAUAAGAGUUGCUGUUUAAAUAAAACUGAUAAUGAAAAUAAACUGAGUGAAAUGAAGACACCCAAACUAUUCAAUGAACAGGAUUGUUUACCAUUGGAUCCAACACAAGAACUUAUAUUUCCACCUGAGCUGAUAUUAAUGCUCAAAGAUCCAAAGGAAAUGAAGACCUUCUAUGGAGAGAGAAUCCAAUGGUAUUCACCUUCCACCCUUGAAGAACUUCUUGAAUUGAAGCGCAAAUUUCCUAAAGCUCCUCUUGUAGUUGGUAACACCACUGUAGGUAUACAGAUGAAGUUUGAAGGUGUUAUUCACCCUGUUAUCAUCUCACCUCUGAGGAUCACAGAAUUAUAUAAUGUUGCAUCUAAUGAUAAAGGACUGGUGAUUGGAGGAGCGGUUACCUUGUCUCAAGUAAAACAGAUCUUACUGGAGAAUGUCUCUAAGUUACCACAAGACAAAACCAAGAUAUUUCAAGCAGUAAUACAACAGCUAAGCACAUUGGCUGGAGAGCAGAUCAGAAGCAUGGCGUCUCUAGGAGGACAUGUCAUCAGCAAAGGUGCAACAAGUGACCUAAAUCCUGUUCUUGCUGCAGGGGGCGCCAUGCUAAACUUGGCAUCUAAAGGAAGUAUGAGGACAAUUCCAUUGAAUGAUGCGUAUUUCGCAGGUUCAUCUGCUCUAAAGCCUGGAGAAGUCUUGCUCUCAGUUCUUAUCCCUUAUUCUGGAAAGGAGCAGUUUGUAUAUGCAUUCAGACAAGCCCAGCGGGAAGAAAAUGCUUUUGCCAUUGUCAAUGCUGGAAUGCAAGUACAGUUUAAUAAGGGCACAGAUGUGAUUAAAGAAAUGGACCUUUUCUAUGGUGGUAUUGGUCCUUCUACUGUUUCUGCAAAGAAAACCUGCCAGGCUCUUAUAGGCAGGCACUGGGAUGAUGAGAUGCUCUCUGAAGCCAGCAGACAGGUCCUAAAUGAGAUAUCUAUAGCUCCUAGUUCUCCAGAGGGAAAAGUAGAAUACAGGCGAUCUCUGACCGUCAGCUUUCUCUUCAAAUUCUACCUUCAAGUUCAGCAGAACCUGGAUAAACCUGUCACAUCUUCUGUCAAGGAUUCUGAAUAUCUCAGUGCAAUCCAAGGUUUUGAGACAAAAGUGCCAAAAACAUUACAGAUUUUCCAGGAAGUUAACGCCAGGCAGCCAGUGGAAGAUCCUGUGGGCCAUCCAGUAGUACACCAAUCUGGCAUUAAGCAGGCCACAGGAGAAGCUGUAUAUGUGGAUGACAUGCCAACUGUGGAUCAAGAACUUUUUAUAGCCUUUGCUAUCAGCAAAAAAGCCCAUGCAAAAAUUGUGUCCAUAGAUGAUACUGGUGCCUUCAAAAGUCCUGGUGUGGUUGAUGUAAUAAGAGCAAAAGAUGUCCCUGGGACCAAUGAUAUCUCAGGACAAGGUCCCUUAUUUUCAGAGGAAGAGGUUGUGUGUGUUGGACAAAUUAUAUGUGCAGUAGUUGCUGAUACUCCUGAACAUGCACGGAGAGCAGCGGCAGAAAUAAAGAUCAGCUAUAAAGAUCUGGAACCACUCAUUCUAACAGUGGAGGAUGCCAUCAAACACAAUUCAUUCUUUGAACCAUCAAAACAAAUAUGGCAUGGGAAUGUAGAGGAAGCUUUUAAAACGGCUGACCAGAUCCUUGAAGGGGAAGUUCAUAUUGGAGGACAGGAACAAUUUUAUAUGGAAACAAAUUCUGUUCUUGUUGUGCCAAAAGGAGAGGAUAAUGAGUUUGAUAUAUACAUCUCUACUCAGGAUCCAACCACUGCGCAGCUUUCGGUGGCCACCAUCCUUGAUGUUCCCUCUAACAGGAUCAUGUCUCAUGUAAAGAGAGUUGGUGGAGCGUUUGGAGGCAAGAUUACCAAACCAGGCAUUUUUGCAUGCGCUGCGGCUGUGGCUGCUCAAAAAACAAAGAGACCCAUUAGGUGUGUUCUGGAGCGUAAUGAAGAUAUGUUAAUGACUGCUGGUCGCCAUCCUUUUAAAGGAAUAUACAAGGUUGGAUUUAUGAAUGAUGGAAAAAUUGUAGGUGCUGAUGUAUCUUUCUAUGCCAAUGCUGGAUGCAGCCCUGAUGAAUCUAUUCUGGUGAUAAUAGUGGCUCUGCUUAAGAUGGACAGUGCAUAUAGCUUCCCCAAUCUUAACUGCCGGGGAAAGGCUUGCAAGACAAAUCUGCCUUCUAAUACUGCUUUCCGGGGAUUUGGCUUUCCCCAAACUGGCAUGAUCACAGAGACCAUAAUGGAUGCAGUGGCUACAAAAUGUGGGUUGCCUCCGGACCAGGUUCGGCAGAAGAACAUGUAUAAAGAUAUUGGACAGACACAUUACAAGCAGGAGUUUGACUCCACCAAUCUGAUGCGUUGUUGGAAUGAGUGUUUGGAGAAGUCAUCUUAUACCAAGAGGAGAACCCAGAUCCAAAAAUUCAACAAAGAAAGCUACUGGAAGAAGAGAGGACUUGCCAUAAUACCCCUAAAAUUUACAGUUGGCUUUGUUGAAAAGCUCUAUCACCAGGCUUCAGCACUGGUUCACAUCUACAGAGAUGGAAAAGUCCUAGUCAGUCAUGGUGGAGUGGAAAUGGGCCAAGGCCUCCACACAAAGAUUAUACAGAUUGCAAGCAGAGAACUCAAGAUACCAAUGUCAUACAUUUACAUCUCUGGGACCAGCACAGUAUCUGUCCCAAAUUCUAUUCCUUCUGGUGGUUCCAUAGGCACAGAUAUUUAUGGCCUGGCUGUUAAGUAUGCCUGUGAGACGCUCUGGGGAAGACUGAAACCUUUUGCUAAAAAAAAUCCAAGUGGUAAAUGGGAGGACUGGGUUUUGGGGGCUUUUAGUGAGAGACUGAGCCUUUCAGCUGUUGGACACUACAGGGGAUAUGACACAGAAAUGGAUUGGGAGAAGGGAGAAGGUCAUGUUGCCCCAUAUUUCAUCUUUGGGGCCGCGUGUUCUGAGAUUGAGCUGGACUGUCUAACAGGAGGGCAUAAGAAUCUCCGCACUGAUAUUGUUCUGGAUAUUGGAGAAAGCAUAAACCCAGGCAUAGACAUUGGUCAGAUUGAAGGCGCCUUUACUCAGGGACUUGGUCUGUUCACAUUAGAAGAACUCUAUUAUUCUCCACAAGGUGACAUGUAUACAUUGGGACCUGACAAGUAUAAGAUACCUGCAGUGUGUGAUGUUCCCAUUGAGCUUAAUGUCUCUCUUUUGGCAUCAUCCAAGAAUCCAUAUACCAUAUACUCAUCUAAGGGUUUGGGGGAAACUGCCUUGUUUUUGGGGAGCUCUGUAUACUUUGCCAUAAAAGACGCAGUGGACUCUGCUCGGGAAGAACGUGGCUUACCUAAGAUUUUCACACUUAACAGCCCUGUGACUCCUGAGAAAAUCCGAAUGGCCUGUGAAGACCACCUAACAAAAAUGAUCCCAAGAGAUAAGGCUGGAACAUUUGCCCCCUGGUCUGUUGAUGUUACUAGAUAAACAAGAAAAGUUUCACUUUAAGUAAUAGUAAAGAGUUUUUCUCAAUUUAAUAUGGUUUUUACAAUUUCUUAAUAAAGAAUCAGACA